AUGGUUGUGGUGGAGGUGGAGGAGGAGGAGGAAGACAAUCAGAGACCUCGGAAGAAAGCUCGUAAAGAGGCUCCUAAAGAGGCUCCUAAAGAGGCUCCUAAAAAGGCUAGAGAAGAGGCUACAGAAGAGGCUAGAGAAGAGGCUAGUUGGGUGACCAGAGAGGAGUUAGAAAAUAUGUUCAAGGACUUAAGAAGUGGCUUAGGUGACAUGAUGAAAGAUGGGUUUAAGAAGUGCAUCAGGGAGAUUAGGAAGAUGUCCGAUAGAUUGGAAGCUGUGGAGAAGAAGGUUGGUGUCACCAAUCAGGCUACCCCUCAAGCCAAAGAAACCGGGGUUAGUAACAAACAGCCUACCCCUCAAGCCCCAGAAAUCGGGGUUAGUAACAAACAGACUACUCCUCAAAAGGAUCAGCCUACACUUCAAACCAAUCAUCCUACUCCUCCCACCAGACAACCUGCUCCUCAAAAGGCAAAGCCUACUCCUCAAAAGGCAAAGCCUACUCCUCAAACGAAACAGCCUGCUCCUCAAACGAAACAGCCUGCUCCUCAAACGAAACAGCCUGCUCCUCAAACGAAACAGCCUGCUCCUCAAACGAAACAGCCUACUCCUCAAAAGGCAAAGCCUUCUCCUCAAAAGAAACAGCCUUCUCCUCUGCCCAAAGAGGUUAGUAUCAAAUCCUCUCCCAACAAGAAUUAAGUCGUCCAGGGUCUUCUAGUUGUCCAGACAACUUUUAUUUAAGUCGUCCAGGGUCAACUAGUCGUCCAGACAACUUUUAUUUAAGUCGUCCAGGGUUAACUUGCAACUUUUAUUGCAGAGAUUGUUGCCGGAGGAUACAACAGAUGAGGCGAUCUCGGUAUAUAAGAUCUUGCCGGAGGAUAAAGCAGAUGGUGUCACCUCCAAAGAGAUUGUUCCUCUCACUUCCACUGACCAACCGAGCUUCGCUUCCAACGAUCAACAACCGAGCUUCGCUUCCACCGAUCCAAGCGUUCCAGUUUCAGAACCGAGCCUGGUUGUAUUGGACAAAACAGCUCCCACUGCUUCUGUGCGUGCAAGGAGUGAACGAACGAAGAAACCUGCUCCCACGCAGAUAUCUCCUUAUACGGCAGAGAGAAGGAAACUCCUUAGAGUGGGAAAGUAUAAUCCAUUUCCCACACUAAACAGACCUAAGAUGAAGGAGCUCGCUGAUUGGUUGAAAACUGAUCCUGAUUAUUUCACUAAGCAAGAGGACAAACCACGUACAUCACCAACUUGGUGGUAUCAAAAACUCCGGACACCCAAAGCAUGGCUGGAAGACGUAGUAAGUCUUCUGCUUAUCUUUAAGUCGUCUGGUAACUUGUCUUUGUAUAGAUUUGUAAAUAUAUAAGUCGUCUGGAAGGUUCUAACUUGUAUUAUUUUAUAUGCAGCAUAUAGAUGCUUGGAUGAAUGUGCUGAGACAGAGGUAUUAGGAGAACCCACAAUGUUUCCGGAGCGAGCGAAUGUGCUUCCUGGAUCACAACUUUACCCAGUCUUUGAGAGAACAGUAUUUGUUCUUCAAAGCAUCAUCGUCUGAUCACA